AUGUCGACUAUUAAAUCCUUUUUCACACUUCUCCUUCUCCCCCUCCUCCUUUUCACCACCCUUACCCACGCCGUCUCUCCCUCCCUCGAUGGCGCCGCCGUUUCCAUGGGCAGCGGAACCUACCCCCGAGCCACCCGCCUCAGCGACAACUCCCUCCUAGGAGUCACCACCACCUUCUCCUCCGGCACCAACAUCAUCACAAUCGUCCGCAGCACCGACGACGGCCUCAGCUGGACCCCCCACGGCGAGGUGACCCGCGGCGUCGGCGACAUCGACAACGGCUUCCUCCUGCAGCUCCCCGACGGCCGCAUCCUCUGCGCCUUCAGGAACCACUCCAAGGACGGCGACGCAUACACCAUCUACCGCAUCACCGUCUGCGUGUCCAGCGACAACGGCGCGACCUGGACAUACCUCAGCACCCCCGAGACCGGCUCGCCGCCCAACGGCCUCUGGGAGCCGUUCAUGCGCAUCGGCAACGACGGCCGCAUCCAGUUGUACUACUCGCGCGAGCUCGCCGCAGACGACCAGGACAACCUCGUGCGCUUCUCGUCCGACGGCGGCGCGAACUGGAGCGCGUCGAGCGUCAUCUCCGGCUCGGGCAUCACCUCGCGCGACGGAAUGGUGGGCGUUGCAAAGUACAAUGACGGUGCGGAUAGGCUCAUUGCUGUGUUUGAGACCAACGAGGGCGGCGUGGCGGGGUCGUUCAGGAUCAAGUCUGUUGCGUCGUCGGAUGAUGGUGCGACCUGGGGGAACAGACAGACGGUGUUUGAGGCCUCGGGGACAAAUAACAACGCUGGGGCGCCGCAGGUGGCGAAUGUGGGAGGGAGCUUGGUGGUGAGCUUUAUGACGGAUGAGGAUACAGGGCUGCAUCAGUGGGUGAGUGGGGCGUCGGCGAAGAUUGUGGCGUCGACGGCGAUAUCGUCGGGGAGCGUGACGUGGGGGAAUAAGUUGACUGUGGGCGGCGUGCAGUCGAAUUGGCCGGGGAUGUUGACGAUUGAUGAUAGACAUGUGAUGGUGAUGUAUGAUAAUGGGGGGGCGAAGAGCCAGAGAGUCUUGCUGCAGUAG